ACGUCCUUUGAGUGUCAGCAGAGUGGCAAGUGUGUUAACAAUGCAGGGCAUGUUAGGGCUCAUAAAAGAUUCCACACCGGGGAAAAGCCAUAUGAAUGUAAACAGUGUGGCAAGUGUUUUAGCCAAGCAGGACACCUAAGGAGCCAUGAAAAAGUUCACACUGGGGAAAAGCCUUAUAGAUGUAAACAGUGUGGCAAGUGUUUUAGCCAAGCAGGACACCUAAGGAGCCAUGAAAAAGUUCACACUGGGGAAAAGCCUUAUAGAUGUAAACAGUGUGGCAAGUGUUUUAGUCAAGCAGGAAGCCUAAGGAGCCAUGAAAAAGUUCACACUGGGGAAAAGCCUUAUAGAUGUAAACAGUGUGGCAAGUGUUUUAGUCAAGCAGGAAGCCUAAGGAGACAUGAAAGAGUUCACACUGGGGAAAAGCCAUAUGAGUGUAAACAGUGUGGAAAGUGUUUUGGCCGAGCAGUAAACCUAAAGAGCCAUGAAAGAGUUCACACUGGAGAAAAGCCUUAUGAAUGUAAGCAGUGUGGGAAGUGUUUUACUCAGGCCAGUAAUCUAAGAACUCACGAGAAAUUUCACACUAAAGAAAAGCGUCAUGAAUGUACACAGUGUGGCAAGUGUUUUACUUUGGCAGAUAGCCUGAAGAAACAUGAAAGAAUCCACACUGGUGAAAAGCCUUAUGAAUGUAAACAGUGUGGCAAGUGUUUUAGUGUAUCAGGAAACCUAAUGAGACAUAAAAGAGUUCACACUGGGGAAAAACCUUACGAAUGUAAACAGUGUGGCAAGUGUUUUAGCGAAGCAGGAAGCCUAAGGACUCACAAAAGAGUUCACACUGGUGAAAAGCCAUAUGAAUGUAAACAGUGUGGCAAGUGUUUUAGCCAAACAGGACAUCUAAAGGUUCAUCAAAGAUUCCAUACAGGGGAAAAACCUUACGAAUGUAGACAGUGUGGCAAGUGUUUUAGUGGAACAAGAAACCUAAAAACUCAUGAAAGAGUUCACACUGGGGAAAAGCCUUUUGAAUGUAAACAGUGUGGCAAGUGUUUUAGUGUAGCAGGAAACCUAAAAUCUCAUGAAAGAGUUCACACUGGGGAAAAGCCUUAUGAAUGUAAACAGUGUGGCAAGUGUUUUAGUGAAGUAGGAAUGCUAAGGAUUCAUGAAAGAGUUCACACUGGAGAAAAGCCGUAUGAGUGUAAACAGUGUAGCAAGUGUUUUAGCCAAGUAGGAAACCUAAGGAGUCAUGAACGAGUUCACACCGGGGAAAAGCCUUACGAAUGUAAACGAUGUGGCAAGUGUUUUAGCAAAGCAGGAGACCUAAGGAGACAUGAAAGAGUUCACACUGGAGAAAAGCCUUAUGAAUGUAAACAGUGUGGCAAGUGUUUUAGCCGAGCCGAACAUCUAAAGGUUCAUCAAAGAUUCCAUACGGGGGAAAAACCUUACGAAUGUAGACAGUGUGGCAAGUGUUUUAGCGAAGCAGGAAGCCUAAGGACUCACGAAAGAGUUCACACUGGCGAAAAGCCUUACGAAUGUAAACAGUGUGGCAAGUGUUUUAACCAAGCAGGAAACCUGAGGAGUCAUGAAAGAUUCCACUCUCGGGAAAGGUCACAUAAGUUUUCUCAGAAAAAGAAACGUCUGUCGAAACGUUUGGAAUCCUUUAAACGGAAGAGAGCAGGAAGUGAAAACGUUGAUGUCAGGGCCACAGGCUUUACAGAGAACCAGCAGACACAGGGAGAAACCGGAAACAAUGGUGUAACAGAUGCACGAUCGGUCAUUGUUGAGAAACACAGAUGUUGGAUCUGUCAAGAGGAGAUGAGUAGUGAGGCUCUUCUUCUUCAACAUUAUGAAAAUCAUAUGAACCGUGUUUGUGACGAUUAUUCUUGAAGUUAAAAAACGUUGUAAGUUCUUCUCUUUUGUUAGUUUUUUUAUUCGUGCUUUGGCAAUAUUUUUUAUUUUUGCAACUCUUAAAUUUUCAAUUGGUUUUUUUAGAGCAUCUUGCUUUUAUACUUGUGGUUCAUUUGAUGUGCAUGAUUGUCAAGUUGGAAUAAACGAUGAAGGGACAACUUCUGUAUUAAUUCUUCCAUAAAGGAAAACCUCGAUUUAAAUCAAAGUCUUCGUGUCUCUUAGUUUAGUCUGCUACAGAGCCGUUUUUAGUGUCGUCACGCAACGCUCCUCCCCACAAACGGUUUGUGGGAUGAGCGUUGCUGACUCUUAUUUUUAAGCUUUACAUUUGUACGUGACCACUUACAGAAGACUUUAACUUUUCAUGAUAUGAAUGGAAAGAAACUUUUUCCUUACAAUGUAAAAAAAGCUUUCUUACUUUCAUCCAUAUUCUACAGUCUUGUAUUUAUGAUGUUCUUGUAGCCGUGGUUUCUGGAACUGUUACCCCUAAUAAAGAAUACCAAUUAAGCAAUAGAAAACGUUUUCCGUGUUUGCAUAGCCUGAUAUAAACACGAGAGGGGUUGGGAGAAUUCGAGACAGUUAUAGAAACCCAAGACGAGGUCGGGGGUUUGCAUAACUGUCCAGAAUUCUCCCAACCCCUCGAGUGUUUAUAUCAGGAUAUGCAAACACAGGAAAAAGUUUUCUAUUGCUUUUAUAAAAUAACUUUCCCGAGAAAAAAAGCAAAACGCUCUUGUUUAGAGCAUUGAUUAAACUUGUACGCGUAAUCAGUCUUUGUUUUGCAAAAAAGAUGCUUUCCAAAAUACGGGUUUUUCUCGCUUAAAAUGGCACCUCAAGCGAAAAAAAAUUGACAUAGUAUGUUUCUAAAGAUUUUCCAAGUUUCAACCGACGAGGAAAUGGGUAAAUAAAGUAUACUUGUCGAGUUUUUCGACUCAAAACCUUUUUCAAAUUCGUGCUUGCGUGAUUAGCGCGCGGAAAGUCAAACAAGUUGACGUCACAACCAUGUUUACAUACUUUCAUGCAAACACGCCUCUCGGCCAAUCAGAGCGCACGUAGUAUCUUAGUUAUUUUAUAAUCACUUAUUAAUGACUUUGGAGAAUAUUUAUUGGUGUUUAAAGGCCCUAUGUAUCAAGUGGGAUAGUAUAAAGUGCCCGAUUCCAGUAAGUUGCUUGAUACUACUACAACUUUAUGGUCGACUUAAUAAUUCCAAGAAAAUAAAACCAAGUAAUUGGUGGUUCAAAUUCGAUUUUUAAUGCCUUUGUAGUGGCGGAUCUAGGGGAGAGGCCCGGGGGACAAGGGCCCCCUCCCCUUAUUUCUAGACCAAACUGAGGCCCGAAGGGCGGAAAAAAAAAUUGGGGGAGACCUGCCCCCACUCCCCCUAUCUAAUCGUCUGGAUCCGCCACUGCUUUGAUCUCUUGCCGAGUUUUGUUAGUCCUUGUCUGGUAACCACUAUGGCUGAGAUCAAACCCACUUCACACCAAUUUAUCUGUUAUAGACAACGAAAAUUAAACUUUUCAAGCUAAAUUGGAACUGUUUUUCUUAUUAUUUAGACAUUCGCAGCAACGAAGAUUUUUUGUUACACUAUACAGCGCAUGCCGUGUAAGGGAUUCUGCCGUAUUUCUAUCGUUUAAGCGUUUUCUUGUGGAAAGGCGAAGACGAUUGAAAUACGUUGCUGUUUUGGGUUGCGUUCCUUUUAACCAAUCUAAAAAAUGCGGAUUUUGCGAUCCGAAAUUUGAUUUUUCGUUGCAUCAAGAACUAAAUUAAUCUAAGAUUGCAAUCUGAACGAUACAACACCGUACUUGCAUCGUUCAGAUUGGUAUCUCAAUCUGGUUUCGGAUUUUUGUUCCAUUUAACGAAGCUGCUUUUCGAUCGCAAGAACUUGCUCGCUCAUCAAUAAUGAUGUUAGUUCAGGCAAAAGUUAUUUAUACUCCUCCUUUGUUCUGUGCCGCUAAAGGAUUGUGGUAUAUUAAACUUAAGUUCCACUGUAACUAAAUCCGUAAGCAAGCGAAAACGCUUAGAUUUUUUCACCGUUUUAAAGUUGUCCAAUGUGUGUGUUUAAAGCCCAGUGGGCUACGGGGGGGGGAGGGGGAGGGGAUACUCCGGAGUUCAAGUGACAGGGAUGAUCGAAUGGGGAAAAAAUCAAAACCCGCUAAAAUUCCUAGGGCUUUAAACAAAACCCAAACAACUUCCUGGACCAAAAUUUAACCAGCAAAAAAAUACCGUGCCGAGCCAUAAAAAUUUCCAGGAAGCGUUAAAUGAUAUAAGUAUCAUGAAUCUUCAGAUUGUUUUGAAUACCCAAAACAAUCCCUACUUAAAUCAAGCUGCCCAAUAAAUACUUGCCAAAUUUUUCCUACCCAAACAAAUCCCGAAAUCGAAAAUUUGAAACCGAAAAAAGUCCUUUGAUCAUCCCUGUCACUUGAAAUCCGUAUUGCCGCCCCCCGCUGGGGUUUAGAGCGCGCUUCUCAGCACUGGAGAAUUUGCAAUUGCCUUCUGAAUGUUCUUGAAUCAAAUUCCAGAUAGUUUUAAGUUGACAAGUGGCAAAGUGGCAAGAGCCUGAAACACCACUAGUUAAAGAGCAACGUUUCUUUCCAUUUCUCCACCGUGAAGAGAAGCCGCUGAAUUUAAGGGAAAGUGUUGCAAUUGAGAAGAAGAUCAGAGUAGCAAGGCAGCUGCUGUAUGGAUCAAUCCAGUUAUUUCAAAUGUUUGUUCCGGGUAGCACGAAAAUUCAAACAAUCUGGAAUUUUUCGGACGCGUUAGUGUCCGGAUAUUAGGUUGUGAUAGCCAAGAUUAGACAAUUUUGUGAUGGUUUGAAAGUUUGAUAUUCGACACAAUUAAUUUUGAAAAUGAGGCAUAGUUUACAUUAGGUUUAUAGAAAAAAAACUUUCGUUUACCAUGUUUAUCACCGCCUGUCGCCGUGUUUUUUUUUUCAUCAAUCUAGUAUGAUGACCUAAAAGAUUAUAGCAAAACUAGUUUUACCAGUUAUCUCUGAUUCUCCGCAUUUCAGUAAAAUAAAAUUAAAGGAAUAUUUAACCAAUAGUUCCUGUUAAGUCUGAACACAAAUAUACUAAGGGACUUGUAAGUCAAUUCACACUUUACCCACAGAAAAAAAAAUUUAAAUGUACAGAUUGGACAGAGAAUAUUGAAUAAGUGAAUGUGAUCAUAUCCGCUGAAAAAAUGGCUAAUUCAAGAAAAUCAGUUAGCUUAAAAAAAAUACAAAAACCCAUUGAGAUAAAACUAAAGUUAUAGAAAUACCAGCUAAAUUUUUUAAAUGAUAAAUCCAUCAUCGAAACGUCAAGAGUCUAUCAAGCCAAGCUCCUUAAAGAACUGUUCAGAUUUAGUUCUCUUACAUACGAUGGAUACUACUUCGUGCGCCUCGUUUUCUCUUAACUUAAGCCUUUGUAAGCUGGAUUUGUCUGCACUCAGUAUCAAACUGAAGUUACUAGAGUCGAACUAAUCCGUCUAUGGCCCUCGUGGCAGGCGCUUGGAAGGGAAGAGAAAAUGGGUGUUUUGGCGCGGCCCCCUCGCGUUUCUUUCGCGCUUAAAACCCCCUUUCCCUUCCCUUUCAAACGCCUGCCACGCAGGCUAAUCUGUGUAUUUUGGCGUAUUUUGAUGAAAGAGUAGCCGUGUGUCUGUGCAUAGGCGGCUGCCGAUAAACCGCCUUUACUCUUUAGUGUCAGGAAAACAACCAAUCUGGCAUUUAUGUCUUGCACUGAACUUGCUCCCGAUAUUGGUCCCGGCGCAACCACUUGAACUGCCGCUCGGUAAUCGAACUUAAUCGAACUCAAUCGAACGAUUAGGUUCGAUUAAGCUCGGUAAUUGAACACAGUCGAACCAAAAAAAUUCGUGAGAGAUCGAUUUCCGCACUCAAUCGAAGCAAUCGAACUUAAUUGAACGUUCUAAUCUACGCUUAAAAUAGGCAAGAACAAAUCAACAAAACAACCAAAUUAUCUAAGAUCAUUAAGAAUAAAUGUUCCGGGUUUAUUGGAUUCGCUUGAUCGCUUUGUUUUACUAUAGCGCUGCUUAGUUUCCCUGGUCCACGUGGCAGAUGCAAAAGUGGAGAAGGUCUUAACCUAAAAGGGACGCUAUAAAGUAAAAAAGUCUUUAACGGAGCAUAAUAUUCACUGUGUGAUUCAGGAUAAGAUUGCAAUAUGGCAAUAAUAGUCUUGUUCUUCUCGGGUGUUCCUCUUCUUGCAAAAAAUAUCCGCCACAACCACUCCCGGAAUAGUCAGUGGUAGGACACUCUACAAAAAAUAAAACAUUCGUGAAAACACGUAGCCUGAAAUUCAUCCGAUUGCUUCGAGUCCGUUACUGAAGGAGUAAUAACGACUCGAAGUAAUCGGAUGAAAUUCAGACUAGAAAACACGCGCAAUUUCCUUUAUAACGUCCCAUUUUUUAAUCGAAUGAAUGCCAACUUCGACCGCGUUGAACCUAAUCGGACUCAAUCAAAGUUCGAUUUAAUUACCUUUUUUUUUUUGCGAGAAUUCGAUUGUGUUCGAUCACCGAACUUAAUCGAACAUUAUCGGUCGAUUAAGUUCGAUUAAAAAACGUUCUAUUUAGUUCGAGUGGUUCCGGUAGAGGAAAAGUUUGAAAGCAGAUUUCAUCAUCCUCUGACUUGUAGCAACCAGCUUAACAUAACUUUUAGUACAACUGACAAUCAUUCCAUUGUCACUGAGAACUGUAUUUAAAAAUAAUGAAAUUUUCUUUGAAGGACAAGAAACCCGGGAAAACACCAGAAGUCAAAGUUCAAUCACAGAGUCAGAUAUGGAUGCGUUUUGUUGUAUUUUAUUAGUAAGCGGGGACCGUUUUUCAUUGAUCUGAUCAAAGUCCGUGGUUUUUACUUCACCCCGGCGCUCCACACCCACCUCGGGCUUGGCCUUGCUUGCUUAAAAAACGCGAAGUGCAUCUUCACUGUAAACACUUCCAAAGAGGUUUAAAACAUGCAAAAUAUUUUCCAAAAAGAAACCUGAAGGAAGGGUAAGUGAUAGACUUGACUAUCACAACUAAAUACUGCAGAGGAAAUUCCACAACAUUCCCAAAUCACCGUAACAAAUUACGGGAGCGGGCAUUGCCCUCANAGUCAAAGUUCAAUCACAGAGUCAGAUAUGGAUGCGUUUUGUUGUAUUUUAUUAGUAAGCGGGGACCGUUUUUCAUUGAUCUGAUCAAAGUCCGUGGUUUUUACUUCACCCCGGCGCUCCACACCCACCUCGGGCUUGGCCUUGCUUGCUUAAAAAACGCGAAGUGCAUCUUCACUGUAAACACUUCCAAAGAGGUUUAAAACAUGCAAAAUAUUUUCCAAAAAGAAACCUGAAGGAAGGGUAAGUGAUAGACUUGACUAUCACAACUAAAUACUGCAGAGGAAAUUCCACAACAUUCCCAAAUCACCGUAACAAAUUACGGGAGCGGGCAUUGCCCUCAGCGGUUAGCAUCAGUCAUUUUAGUCCAUGAGGUCUUCGUUUUAGUCCAUGGGGUCUUCGUUUUAGUCCAAGGGGUCUUUGUUUUAGUCCAAGGGGUCUUCGUUUUAGUCCAUGGGGUCUUCGUUUUAGUCCAUAGGAUCUUAGGUCUUAGGUCUUCGUUUUUGGGUCUUCGUUUCAGUAACACCCCUUUGACUGAAAAUAAAAUAAUGUUCUAUGGAGUAACUGUUCGUUCUUCUAAGGGCAUCUCUUACUUUAAACAAGACAGCAGCUUUUAUCCCGUGUAAUUUUCUGAUCAACUCUCUACUGUAAUAUAUCUCUAAGUAGUCUAUGUAACAUCACUCCUUCCAGCCUGAGUGAUUUUUAUCUCAUCUCACAACAAAUCAAGUGACUUCGCUUCAGGUGUAGGAAACUACAAUCGACAACAAAAUUAUCGAGGCAUUGUACUCAACUAGGGUAAUAACUACAGAGAACAAAAGAAUCCACCUACCUCCCCACUCCCCUUCAUUCAAAGUUGCAGUUUUUGUUGUUUUCUAUAGGUAGCUCAAACAGCGGCACAACAUUGCAUGGAGGGGAUGGGGGAGGGAAAGCUUUAUUUCCCCUUUAGAAGUCAGUAAAGCAUCAGCUUUGGGGCAAAGUGUCUCAACUACAUUGUAAUUUUGUCACCCAUUGUAGCUCUAGAUUGUAGCAAUACACACAUACUUCCACUUAGGAAAAGGAAAAGAAAAAUAGAGCAGUUUAUUGAAUGUUGAUUAAUUAUGCAAAAAUCGUAAUUGAAUAUGAUUUAUGCACAAAUAUUCCCUUUUUUCACUCUAAUGAAUGGAUCCUUGCGCUAUUGAUUGCCGUUUCAUGCAAAUGAAUGUAUAUUUUCUCGUAAUAAACAGCAAAAGGUGUAAUUCUCAUAAACUUUUCUUUGAGGAUCCAUGGAUAUCGUAAGGAGAAAAUUAAUGUUGGUCACUAUUGGGACUUAUAGCAAAAUUUGUUGUAUCCCGCUGUGCAUUUUGCAUAUUUUGGGUUUUUGUGUUCCCUCAAUCAUCUGAGGGAAUUCUUAGAAAGUACAUAUUUACUUGCACGAGUUCAAAAGGUCAUGGUUUGUCAUUAGUUAUUGGUGGAUCUUGCUCUGUUUUGUUUGUUUCCUGUUACAAGGCUUGUUGCUUUGUGACGGUCCUGUUUUGGGCAAUAAUCGACUGGUUAAGUUUGCUUUGCAGAUUUUUAUGAUCUUUCUCAUUCUUGUCACUUUCAAGAAUAAAGCAAUGUCUGCCUCCUUCCUUCGACAAAAAAUCCACUCACUAUCGCGAUUUCCUUCGCUAUUCUUGAGCAGUCGGAGUCAUUCUCAGCCAAGCUGGGCGAGCAUGUUACAUUGUGAUUUGCAUUAACCUUGCCUUCACUAAAAUGCAUGAUUCACGAACAGAAAAACCCAGAAUCCGUUCUAAGUUUGCAAAACACGCAGCACCAUACAACAAAUUAUGCUGUAAAGGAUUCAGUGUCUAUGUCUAUGUCUAUGUCUAAAUGAUCUUGAAUAACUGCCAUGAAGAUUUUCAAAAACUGAUAUGUUUUUGCAAGCCUUUCAAAAGUUCCACAAAACAUACAGCAAAAAAUAAGGAUGCAUAGGUAACGCUGAAUAAAUGAUAAAAUACACCUCUAAUUGUACCAUUCGUGUUCGUAGUAAGAUAGAAAACACUUGCAAAAACUUGCAAAAUUAAAAAUAAAAUACUUUUUGUCAUGUGUUAAUGAAAUCUCUUGCUUUUCCAUACAUCACGAUUUUGUAUCAUUUUACUACAUACAAUAGUGACCUAACGUUUCUAAUGCUGGGGAAAAAAUACUGAGUCAAUUUUCCAAACUUUAAGAUAAAAAACCUUUCGGUUUUUCCAAGACUAUAAAAUUCAUUUGACUCCAUUUUGAGACAAGAAACUUCAACUACGCUGCAGCAAGACAAGUGCUUGUUUGUUUACGUUUUAUUGGCGGAAAUAUUUUUUUCCUAUGGCUGACGAGCAAACGUUUUCUGUUUUUGUUUCAAAAAUGCAGAAUGAGCAGGGAAUGUUGUUGUUGAUUUAAUGGAAGUUAUCCUAAGAAUCAUGAUAUUUAUGCACCCGUUCAGGUUUCUUGUUUCAAAUUUUGGUCGCCCCUAAGUAGAUUGUAGGAGCCUCUGGUGACCAGGCCCCCAUUGGGCAGUAGCCUUGAAACUGCCUAGUGUAAAGCACGUAAAUAGAUACCUUGACAAGUAUAAAAACAGUUGUUAGACUUCAUACAAAAAUACUGAGUCAAUUUUCCAAACUUUAAGAUAAAAAACCUCUCGGUGGUCCUUCUAUAUUAACUUUGUAUUUGCAACUGUACAUGCAAGUGCUCUUGCCUUUACCGUUUGUUGUUUUUGCGAAUGGUUGUUUUUAUUUUUCUUAAGAAAUAGAUUGUGUCUCAAAAUCCGUUCAAAUGGUAAAUAUAAAAAUUGCUUGUUUCUGGAAACUCAAGACUCAAUGUUUGCGUUUUAAAACUCAAUUUGUUGUAGUUUGAAGUGUUCUUCUGUUUUCAUCUCAUCAUGCAAUGUUCAUUAGCGUUGUGUAAUGAGAGAAAGUUGUCUGUGUUUCAAGGAGAGAGAAUCAAGUCUCGAGGAAGUGGUCAAGAUUGUCAACUUUAGAUACAGACACUAUCAAUAUGGUCAUUCUGAUGAACUAAUUAAAACUAGGUUUAGGUACACUGGCUGUAGGGGUCUGUUCUUGAAAUACAAUACAGCAAAUAAUAUCUCUAGUACAGGAAAAAGGAGAUUGUCCCUUGAAUGUUUGUCGAUCCUUUACUACCGUAUGCUACCAUUUGUGCCCUUAAGUUUGAUAAACAAUAAAUUUGAAGAUUAUCGAUCAACAGAUUAGUGCACAGUUUGUCGUGAGCUAGAAGUGUGACACAUAAAUAAAGUUACUGUCUUUUUUAACUCUCAGAUCCAAAUACAAAGUCAACAAAUACCGUAAUAUUCCGAAAAUAAGCCUCGGGGCUUCUAUUUUUCAAAGGCCCUUUUUGAGGGGAUUAUUUUUGGAGGGGCCUGUAUUCGGAGGGGCUUAUCUGUGGAGGGAAAUUUGCGUUUCAGAAUUGAUUGGGCUAGCCUUAUACUUGGAAGUAAAUUGACCAUUUUUGCUUUGUUUUACUUUGAAUUUGAGGGCUAUUUUCCAAGUACAAGCCCCCGGGAGGAUUAUAUUUGGGGGGAGCGAUUUAACGGAGGGUUUUUCGCGUUACUGGUUUGGGGGGCUUAUAUUUGGAGGGGCUUAUACAUGGAGGGGCUUAUUUUCAGAAUUUUACGGUAAUCAACUGACCCAUGUUGAUGGAUUCUGUAGUUUGAAGGGUUCCAUAAAACUUCAGGUAUGUAAUCAGCUGGUCUAUGGUGUGCAACCACUUAUUCAUGACUGGGUGUCUUAAAAGUUUUCUAAUUUUCCACAUUUCCCUGACAACACCAUCUUUAAACUACUCCCUUAAGGCCUCUCACCACCAGACAGGGUUCUAUCUAGCAUUUAUCAUUUGGGGGAGAAGUCCUGAGUGGCCGAAGGUGACAAGCCUCCUAGAGGGNGCGAUUUAACGGAGGGUUUUUCGCGUUACUGGUUUGGGGGGCUUAUAUUUGGAGGGGCUUAUACAUGGAGGGGCUUAUUUUCAGAAUUUUACGGUAAUCAACUGACCCAUGUUGAUGGAUUCUGUAGUUUGAAGGGUUCCAUAAAACUUCAGGUAUGUAAUCAGCUGGUCUAUGGUGUGCAACCACUUAUUCAUGACUGGGUGUCUUAAAAGUUUUCUAAUUUUCCACAUUUCCCUGACAACACCAUCUUUAAACUACUCCCUUAAGGCCUCUCACCACCAGACAGGGUUCUAUCUAGCAUUUAUCAUUUGGGGGAGAAGUCCUGAGUGGCCGAAGGUGACAAGCCUCCUAGAGGGGUCCGCAAACCCCCCCACCCCCGGAUGAAAUCUGGUGCAUUUUGAGACACAAUUUUGAGAAAUGUUAUAGUGUAUGCACUAACCUUGUCGUGUCUUGAUGAUUUUUUCAAUAUCGUUACUUAUAUACUGUAAUGAUAACAAUAUUUUUUGGGGGGAAGCUGGGCAUUUUGGGGGGAAGCUUCUACCCCUCAAAUACCCUAGAAAGAACCCUGCCAGGCCACAAAGGUUAUGCUGGUAGCAACAAAACAAAUAUUGCGUAUUACCUAAUUAUAGUUUUUCAUCUUUCCAAAGGUAUCCUAACUGUAAAACCUUAAAAGAAGAGCAACCUCAAUGUCCUUUGAGUGUCAGAAGUGUGGCAAGUUUUUUAACAAUAUAGCACACUUUAGGGCUCAUGAAAGAGUUCACACUAAGGAAAAGCCUUAUGAAUGCAAACAGUGUGGCAAGUGUUUUAGUCAGGUAGGACACCUAAAGCGUCAUGAAAGAGUUCACACUGGGGAAAAGCCAUAUGAAUGUAAACAGUGUGGCAAGUAUUUUAGCCGAUCAGGAGUCCUAAGGAAUCAUGAAAGAGUUCACAGUGGGGAAAAGCCUUAUGAAUGUAAACAGUGUGGCAAGUGUUUUAGUGAAGCAGGAAACCUAAGGAGCCAUAAAAGAGUUCACACUGGGGAAAAGCCAUAUGAAUGUAAACAGUGUGGCAAGUGUUUUAGCCAAGCAGGAAACCUAAGGAGCCAUAAAAGAGUUCACACUGGGGAAAAGCCAUAUGAAUGUAAAAAGUGUGGCAAGUGUUUUAGCCGAUCAGGAGACCUAAGGAAACAUGAAAGAGUUCACAUUGGGGAAAAGCCAAAUGAAUGUAAAAAGUGUGGCAAGUGUUUUAGCCGAUCAGGAGACCUAAGGAAACAUGAAAGAGUUCACAUUGGGGAAAAGCCAUAUGAAUGUAAAAAGUGUGGCAAGUGUUUUAGCCGAUCAGGAUUCCUAAGGAAACAUGAAAGAGUUCACACUGGGGAAAAGCCUUAUGAAUGUAAACAGCGUGGCAAGUGUUUUAGCGAAGUAGGAACCCUAAGGAGCCAUGAAAGAGUUCACACUGGGGAAAAGCCUUAUGAAUGUAAACAGUGUGGCAAGUGUUUUAGUGUAGCAGGACACCUAAGGAGACAUGAAAGAGUUCACAGUCGGGAAAAGCCUUAUGAAUGUAAACAGUGUGGCAAGUGUUUUAGUCAAGCAGGACACCUAAGGAAACAUGAAAGAGUUCACACUGGGGAAAAGCCUUUUGAAUGUAAACAGUGUGGCAGGUGCUUUAGCGCAGCAGGAUGCCUAAGGAGACAUGAAAGAGUUCACACUGGUGAAAAGCCUUACGAAUGUAAACAGUGUGGCAAGUGUUUUAACCAAGCGGUAAACCUGAGAAGUCAUGAAAGAUUCCACACUCAGGAAAGGUCGCAUAAAUUUUCCCAGAAAAUCAAAUGUCUGUCCCAGUCCAAACGAUUGGAAUCCUGUAAACGGAAGAGAGCAGGAAGUGAAAACGUUGAUGUCAGGGCAACAGGCUCUACAGAGAACAAGCAGACACAGAGAGAAACCGGAAACACUGGUGUAACAGAUGCACGAUCGGUCAUUAUUGAGAAACACAACUGUUGGAUUUGUCAAGAGGAGAUGAGUAGUGAGGCUCUUCUUCUUCAACAUUAUGAAAAUCAUAUGACCCAUGUUUGUGACGAUGAUUCUUGA